CACACAAGUAGCACGAGCCAAUAAACUUCAACUUCAAUUUCAUUGUUUGCAAACAAUUUUUAUUUUAUAUAUGUUAGGAUGCUAAUUGGGAUGACAGCUUUUGUUGCUAAAAAUCCCUUAACCCUUUCAUUCAAACAAACAAACAAAUAGGAUGCGAUUCUGGAGCAUACGCCGGAGAACACACCUUAAUACCUUUCUAUUAGGAUGCUAGCGUUGUCAUCAUUUAAAAUUGUUUCGUAAGGAAGAUGAAAUGUUAAAAUAUUCAUCUAAAAAUGGCACAAAUGAAUUCAGAAGAGCUGGAAACUGGCGCUUUGCAGGAAAAUAAAUUUCCAUCGGCUGAAGAAGAAAUUGACAAAAAGUUUGUUAGCCAAGCAGUUGCAUUUGUUAUAGGACACACUCGUAAUGGUUUUGUUGCUCUUUGUGCCAGUGUAGCAACUUUGUUGAAGGAGCAAGCAAAACUAAAAUCUGAAAAUGAGUCGCUGAAGCAGCAGAUCAAUCAGCUGCAACAUAAAUUAGAAUCUGAAAGGUUUGAUUUACAAAAGAAAUACAUUUUGUCAGACCAUAAUGAAUGCAAAUUACCGUCAUUCAACGAGCAAUUCCCAUUUGAUUUGUCUAAAAUGAAGAGAAAAGGCGUCCAAGGAAGAGGUUACAAGGCUUUAAGUGGCUGCAUUUGUAAUAGCUGUGCAAACAUUCUAGAAAAUACCGAUAUACUUAUUGCUCCCUUAAAGAAAGGUGAACGAGUUAUCAUCUCUGGAGAAAUCAGUGGAACUGUCUGCUAUGUUGGACACGUAGAAUCAUUAUCAUUUCCAGAAAUUUUCAUAGGAUUGUAUCUCGAUGAAGCAGUGGGUGAUACAAAUGGAUGUGUUGGAAAAAAGAGGUACUUCUCUGUCCCUUACGGUUAUGGUAUGUUUGCACCUCUAUGGAAUGUCUGCUGUAUCAUAGAAUAAUGUUAGAAUUCAUAAUUUUUUUUUCCUAAAUUAGUUGUACAUAUAUAUAGAUACUAACCUGAACAAAUGUAUAUCUCUGUGUUAAUCUAUAUUUUGUAAAUAUUAAUUUAUGGAUAUAAUUGUAUAUUUACAUGAAAAAAAGAUAAACUUUAUUUCAUAAAAAUGAUGCACUGAUGAGUAUUAUAGUAUUUAAGUUUUCUGCUGCAUUAUAAAUGUAUGAAUAUUGUUAUAGUUUAACUUUUAUGACGUACUUUAUCAUUAGUAAGGACGAUAAGCAAAAGCCAGUUGACGAGAUUUAUGUGCGAAAAUAUUAUUUUCCUUUAAGCUUCACAGAAUCUUUUUCAUUAUUAAAUAAUUUAUUAGGAUUUCAUCCAAUUUAGUCAGUUCUUAGUUGAUGGUAGAUUUAUUGUGAAUGAAAGUAAAAAAAUAUAAGCACUGAGGACUGAAGAUGACCAUAGAUACCAUCUUUAAAUUACCGAAAGAGUAGAAAAUAAUUCUGUUUUAAAAAUGUUAAAUAUUCUGUGUUAAAAAUUCCUGUUUCAAGGUUACUAGUAACCUUACAGUACAAAAAUGUACCUAUAUAUUCUAUAAAAAAAAUUAUGUUUGAAACCAAAUCAGCAAAAAGUCAACUAUUCUGCAAUUUUAGUAAUAUUAUUAGCAAAGCUUCUUAUUACUAGUAAGCUCAUUUUGAUUGCAAAUAUUUUACAUUGUUUGUCCAAAAUGAUAUAAAAGUAUUAUACAAAGAAUAUUUUUUCACUUAUUGCCAUUUUUAUAAUGCAGCAAACAUAUCAAACUGAAAGAAGAAUGCUGUUAAAGCUGAGCCUAAUUUUGUGUGGGUUGCGAAAGAUGCAUCAUAAGUACAUAUAUAUACAUAUAAUAUUAAUAAUUUCCUCUUUAUUCUUGACAUUUUCUUCCCUGUGACUAUUUUAUAUCGGAAGAAUCACAAGGCUGCGCUGGCAAGGUCUCGGCUUCGGAAUCAGAGGGUUUCAAGUGCAAGACACGAUUGUGUAAGCGGAUCUCAUGCACAUUCAUUCCAUCUGGGCAAACAUCCUCCCUCUGGUGUAGUGAGGAAGUCUGGAGAGGGGGUGCUGGCUCAGGUUUCAUAAUUUUAAACUGCUGUCAUCUAACAGCGGUUCAAAAUUAUGAGGUUUGUCCCACAAUAGCCCUAGUGUUGCUUUAAAAUGGGACGUUAAUGUACUAAAUA